UCUUCGUGGAUUUCAAAACUUUGGAAAAGAAGAGGGCGUACAAAAACUGUAUUUUUUUCUCUUCGGUAGCAAGUAAACGUAAACGCAAGUAAAAAUAACCUCAUGAUAUUUAGUGUAUCUUUAUUUAACAAAUAAUUUAAGCUAUAACUUAAACUGUAUUUUAUGAUAAAAUAACAUAAAACCGUUGUUGUCUUCGGACAGGGUUUUUUAUUUUUUAUUUUAUCAAGCAUUUCUUUUGGCAGCAAUAAGCUACAUUAAAUAUUAACAUUUCCUCUUGGAUUCACCGACCGAAUAACACUUGAGUAUAUGAAAAGUUUCGUUCAUCGUUUUUUUUUUUCUUUUACUAAGGAUAAACUAUCAGUGAACUAAUUGCACUUCAUAUUUUAGUGACAAUAUUGACAAAAGCGUUUUUAUUUCUCCCCCGCGGAUACGCCUUAUAGAGAACAGUCACCAUGUUAAUACUCCUGGCCGGAAUCUUCAUCUUCCACAUUACCACCAUCAUCCUCCUCCUCAUUGCCACAAUCGACAAUGCCUGGUGGGUCACAGAAACUGUGUCCACGGAUGUGUGGGGUCAGUGGGUGAUGGUCAAUGGAGGCUGGAAUUACACUGACAUCCCCGACAGUGCCCUACAAGAUUACCUCCACGCAGUGCAGGCCAGUGCGGUGCUGGCCUGUGUGUUCUCCAUCCUGGGGCUGUUUGUGUUCCUGGCCCAGCUCUUCACCCUGGGCAAGGGGCAGCGCUUUACCUUCUCCGGCCUCUUCCAGCUCAUCUCCUGCCUGUGUAUAAUGAUCGCUGCCUCCAUCUACACGGAUGUCUUCCACAAGGAGGAGAGCGGCUCUCACGGACACUGCUUCACCAUCGCCUGGAUCUCCUUUGUGUUCACCUUCAUCUCCAGCGUCAUCUACUUCGUCCUUCGAAAGAAGAGCGAGUGAGAGCGACUCGUAAAGUCCAGCUGCUCCCGCCAGAGAGGUGGUGGUGGUGGCAGGGGGGGGGGGGGUAAAAAAACAGGCCAAAUCCAUUUUUAGCUAUGCGUUUUUUGCAGAGGAGGGUGGACAAGGGUAGGGAUUUGACAUUUGUAAUUGUUUUGUUGGUUUCAUUUAGAUUUUUUAUUUGCUUGCGCAUCAUUUCUUUCUUCCUGUUUGAAAUAGAUUUUCAGCCCAUUUGAAAUCGUUUGUGGUGAUAAAGACCCAAACACAGGGAGAUAGGAGGAUUAAAUGGAAUGAAAGAGAGAGAAAAGGGAUAGAAGAGAUACAAGAUGGGGACACGCUCCCUCCAGAAUGGCAACAGUGACUGACAUGUUUUGCAUCCUGGUCUGGUUCCAAUUCCUCUGACACCCUUUAGAAAAGGAUUGUGAAAUCCUCUAUAAAAUGAUAAGGUGCAUUAGCAAAGAGAGGCUACAAUGCUAGAUUAAACCAGCAGAAGGAAUACAGAUAAGCAGAUUUAGCUAAAUGCUGGACAGGCACCACUCUUUCAUGCAUUUUCUCUCAAAUCAUUGAUAUAAUCUCUGAUCUGUUUGCAGCGUGUUGUCAGGAUUUUCAGCACUGUAACUGAAGCUGAGAAGAAGCACUACACACAAAACAGGCCAUUUUGUCAAUAGAAGACACGUCUCCUUUAUAGUAAAUCGGAAAACUGGAAUGUUGGAAACGUUUAGAACGGUUCCAAGUCAUUGAAUCACAAGCACAGAUAGUUUGUGGAAUUUAUCCUGUGUUCAGUGCAUAGCCCAAUUCACACCAAAGAUUUGCAAAGUCACAGAACCUGUUGCAGAGAGGAGCUGCAGCAGUGUGAACUACCAAUCUCAGAAUGUCUAAUGCAACUUGUGUAGUCACAGGUGGCGAGCAAGAGAACAUGCACCAGUUUCAGCUUGUUGUGUCACAAAUCUUUGGUCUGAACAGGGCUUUAGAGCUAAUUUCAUUGUGUACAACUGGAAAGAACAACAAUUGUAUGUUUCCAUUUUCUAAAAGCACUUGAGCUAUUGUAUUACUUUUCAAUACAGAGCAGUCCAUGUUUUUGGGUUGCUAGAACAUAAUAAAGAUGCGCAUAUUCCACAAUUUAUGAACAUGUCACAAAGAAAUAUCUGAAAACUUUGAAUGGAAUAUUACAACACAAUUUCAAACUGGACAGUGACAUUCAGAUAUCAGAAUACAGGUGAUUACCGGUUCUAUCUUUAUCUUCUUUAUUGGCGCACUGUGUCCAAUUCUUUUACACCACUGUGGUGUAAACUACAUAUUGUGACGUUAUUCAUUCAUACUAGUGUACAAAAACAGGCUGAAAUAUAGUUGAAUUGAAGGUAUCUGUUUAAUGUACUGUAUAAGCAUACUGCUAUUCCCUAACAAAUGAACAUACUGUAUUUUUUCCAAUAUUGUUUCAAGAAUUAUUGUUUAUAUCAUUUUCCUUAUUUUUCAUUUUGCAAUGUAUUUUUACUACAUUUCUUAAAUAUUUGGAUAUUAUUCUUAGUAAAAGCUCAGAUUUGUGACCUUUUGUAUGGACCUCUAUAGGAUUACAGAAUUGUGGAGGCAUAAUUCAAUCUGCCGGAUUCUGUUGAAUUAGCGCUUUGAAGAGUAGUUAAACAUUCCAAUCAAAUAUAUGUGGUCAAACACAUUAAAGGGUGAACUGAGGAUGAGAGGUUGGAAAAAAAAAAAGAACAUCUGUAAUACAAAAAAGUUCUCACAAAUAUUAAUGUUUUAUAAUGUAUACAUUUAUCCCAUGAAGGAACAAAAUUUUCUGAAAUAUUGGAAAUACACUGUACUGUAUAUUGAUAUCACUAUGCUGAAGCUCAAAUAUACUAUAACGCAGUCUGUCA